AUGAUCGUGACGACCCAGACCGCCAACCACCUCCUGAAGAUCGUGACCGAGAGCGAGACGCCGAUCAUGGUCACGAGCGAUACAGGGAUGAUGACCGUUCAAGGGGGAAAAGAAGGAGGGAGGAUGAUCGCUCGUUCAGGAGAUCAAGGGAGAGGGGCUCUUUCUCCCCUCCGCCGAGACGGGAUGAUUAUCGGGGUCGUGGUGAUCGCAAUCGGGCCGACCGGGAUCAGUGUGAUCGAGACCGAGACGAGAGAGCUCGGGAUGGUCGGGAUCGUGGACGAGAGGAAAGAAACAGAGAGGGACGGGAGGGCCGUAGGGGACGGUCUCGAAGUCGGGGUGAGGAGAGGGACCGGGAGAGGGAGAGGGACAAGAGGAGACGAGUGUACUAAUGUGGCCCGUUGUGUACGUGGUUCAUUCUUUCGAUGCAUGUAA